UAUUUGACAAUUAUAAUUGAAAGAUCGUUAGUUUUUGCUGAUUUUUAACAAGUGCUAAGUAAAAUAAAGUAGAAGCUCAUAUAAUUUUGGUAGACCAAUAACAGCCAUACCCAUGUUACAUAAUUCUCCUGCAUUAAAAAUGAGGAAAGCGAUCAGCUUAGAUACCAAAAUCAAAAUUUUAGAUCAACUUGCAACGGGACAAGGCGCAACGGUAGUGGGAAAUAAUUUCGGAAUCCAUGAAGCUACUCUAAGAACAAUUAAAAAAAAUGAAACGGUAAUUAGAGCAUCAGUAUGUUCUGGAACAAAAUUAAGUGCAAAGUCAUCAUCGUAUGUAAGGGAUGUUGAAUCUAUAAACGUAUCCAGGAAAUUGAUCCAGAUACAUCAUCUCAGUCAAAACAACAUGCAUUUUCCGCAAGUACUGGUUGGAAACAUAGUGACGGUGACGAAAAGAGAUCGUCCAAUUUUGAAAGCAUCUCUAAUUAGAGAAGGUCUUGAUUUCGCUACAAAAUUAGGUAGUCAUUUUGAACAACAUGAUCAUGACGAGGAACGAGCUGCCAAAUUUCAACGUGAACUGAAAUCAUUAAUGGCAUCUUACAGGAAGUUUAUAAUGGGUUAA